AUGGAGACGACGGCUCCAGCUGCAAAGCGGCCACGGAAAGAGUUCAAGGACCCGCUGGCGACUUGCCGCGGUACGAGCAAAGUCCUCAUACUGGACGGCGGUCUUGCCACACACAUCGAAGCGCUGGGGGAAGACAUUGACCACUCCCUCUGGUCUGCUCGGUGUCUGGUGAAGAAUCCCUCCGUCAUCAAGCAGGCGCAUGCGGAUUACUAUGAAGCUGGUGCAGCGGUUGCCAUUACAGCCUCAUACCAGGCCCACUUUGACGGCUUCCGGGAGCUCGGGUUCGGCGAGGAGGAGGCGGUGAGUGCGAUGAAGCGAUCGGUUCAGCUGGCGCGAGAGGUGGCUCCGCCCAAUGCGCUGGUGGCUGGUAGCGUCGGCAGCUACGGUGCCUCGCUGCAUAAUGGCGCGGAGUACACUGGCGACUUCCCAGGCAUGGACGAGGAAAAGCUCAUCGCCUGGCACAGGCCACGUGCCAAGGCGCUUGUCGAGGCGGGCUGCGAUGUCCUCGCCUGUGAGACGGUGCCCUGCCUCUUGGAAGCUCGAUCGCUUGUGUGCCUCCUUAAUGAACUGCAGCACCCGGCUUGGGUCACAUUUUCGUGCAAGUCUGACUCGGAAGUCCAUUCCGGCGACACCAUCGCAGACUGUGUUGCUGCAGUUGGCGCUUGUGACUGGGUUGUUGGAGCUGGGGUAAAUUGCACCCACCCCAACUUCGUGUCUGGCUUGGUGCGCCGCUGCCGUGAAGUGCUUCCGGCCGCGAAGAGCGUGGUCGUGUACCCCAACUCGGGCGAGGUAUGGAAUGGAACGACCCAUACCUGGGAGACUUGCACUGCCACAGCUGAUGAGCAGUUUGUGGAAAUGGCGCGCGAGUGGCUCAAGCUGGGCGCCAAUUGUAUUGGAGGCUGCUGUCGCACUGGGCCGGCCACCAUUGCGGCGCUCAAAAGAGGGCUGGCCCAGUGA